CCAGGGACAACAAAAGCACCGCAAACCCUUUCGUUCACGAUUACUUGCUGAUUUCUCGAGGUUUACUCAAACGUCAAAGUUGCUCUGAACGUCACAUCCGAACGAUUUCUACAUGGUGUUUGGAAAAAGCAAAGCGGGAUUCAAUUUUGUCCAUCAGGACCAAAUCUGGAAAGACCAUAUUGGCCACGAGCAUAGUGCAUCAAAACGUUGGCCUGAAAACUGGGGUUUUCUGAUCGGACAAUACAAGAUUUUGGCAAAUGAAGACGAAAGUGUUGCGAAUGGUGCGGCAGCUGUGAGAGUAAAGCAGCGACGUGAGGCUCUAAAGCUGCCACCCAUUGACGCCAGUGUAGCGUCACAACUGUCAGUCGGAAAGUCAAAUGCAAAAUUUCCAACUAAGACAUCAGAGGAGGUUGGGUGGAGAUCAAGUCAACCAUCUUGCAUCUUGGAAAGAUAUGGUCGAUACACAAAACUCAAGUCAUCGUUCCUUGGGCAAAUGAAAUGGCCCCCAGAAGCAAUAGAUUAAUAAUUAUUAUUUGUUAUUUCCACUGACAUGAGUCAUAUCAGUGUUUAUUUUCCAGUUGGGUUGUUAUAAUGAGGCGUACCAUGCAUUGUAGAUGGCUUGCAUUGCAAUAGAGGCUAUUUAAUGGUUGUAGUAAUGGCCAGAUUUUUCUCAAGUUUUAACCAAAGUUUCUUGUGAAAUUAGUUUUUAAAAUCCAUCAAUGGCUUCUGAGAGAUAAUUUUCAGACUAGUAGGACAACUGAAGUCCUGAAAUGUUUUCAACAAUUUUUCUUGUUUCCAUAAACUUGGUGAUAAUUUAUUUUGAAAAAAUAAAAUUAUCCUCUUACCAUCAAGGUUACCAGAUCAGAAAUUAUUUUUUUUUUUCAAAUCCAAAGGCUAGAGUGAAUAUUCAAGGGCACUGUUUUUUAGAUUUAUGGAGUGUUAUUUAUUAAAUACUCUCAUGUCUUACCAUCCUCUUACCACCAAGGUUACUAGAUCAGAAAUUAUUUUUUUUUCAAAUCCAAAGGCUGGAAGUAAAUAUUCAAGGGCACUGUUUUUUAGAUUUAUGGAGUGUUAUUUAUUAAAUACUCUCACGUUAAUGUGCUUCCUUUAUUUUACUAAUUUAGCUAAGGUGCAAUAUCAAAAAUGUCCAGAAAUGUGGUUGUACAAAAGCAUUUGGAAAAGUGUGAAAAUAAUAUUAUUUUUUGCCCUUAAGAUGAUGACGUCUCGUUAAAAAUAAAUGACAAAAGAAUGGCAAAAUCCUAAAUUAAUUAAGUUUUAAUUUCUUGUCUCUUAUGAUUCAUAGCAACAGAUCUGAUUUGCCUUCUUUGCUUUAGUCUCAUCAACAUGAAAUGAACAGAGAGUGAGUUUGUAAAUAAACACUUUAUUGAAGUCUUGUUAUAAUAAUAAAGGCAUUUUCAAGUGUGAAA